ACGCUGAUCGACCAACGUUAUUCAAUACAAAUAUCAGACAAACAAGGCCCUCGAUAAGUCUAUAAACCAUCUCUUUGCUCCCUAGUCUCCGAACAAGAAGGUAGUGAAAAACCAGACCAAAAAGCGGAUCUCUUCUCUUCCUUCAAAUUCCAGGUUUCAAGAACUAAACUAGAAGAACAAUUGCAAGAUUUGAUCCAUCAUGGAGUCCAAGCAAGAUGAAGUUGUACAUGAUAAGAACGAAACCAAGACAAGGAAUGAAGUAGCUGAUUCCAAUCUAUCAAAGGCUGAUGGAAGAUAUGUUUUGGAACCCUUCGCUAGUUCACUAGACAAUAGAGUACAGCCUAACUUGAUUGAUUUGGGAGGUGGAAUUAAUCUCACACAUGACGCACCUUCUGUUUAUAAGGAUGCAACUGCUGAAGUGAAUAUGGAGGCAUCGAUAACAUCUGAUGAUGUUAUGCGGGCUGGAGGCUUUGGUGCUAGAGAUGAUAUUAGUAGUUUUCUUCCCGUUGCAAGUGAUUCUACUGACUUUGAAGCCACAAUACGUGAUGCUCGAGGUUAUGAAGAACCACAGGGAAAUAUCUGUAGGCCAGGUCUUGGCUGGAAAGAAGCUAAAGAAACAGAAUAACCGUGUUGUUGCUACUGCUUGCCUACGCGCAUGUAAGUUUGUUGCACUUUACAUUUUGGUACUUUUUUCUUGAACUACUGAAGGACUAAUAUCUUGCUGAACAUGUUACAUAAAUUUCAGUGUAUUUAAGUUCGAGAUUUUUAUCCUUUUA